GGAGCACAGCGCGCCGCGGGCUCCGCACACCGCCGGCUCCCGGCCACCCGCCAGCCCCGCCGCGGAGUCCCGCCGGCCCCGGGCCGCCGCCACCACGCCGCGCGCCGUACUCCGCGUCAAGAAUGGGGCGGCCAAGCUGCCCAAGCCGCCCGCCGCCGCCGCGGCCGAGGCGCCCGGCGCCGGGGCCGGCAUGGAGCGCUCGCAGAGCCGCCUCAGCCUGUCCGCCUCCUUCGAGGCGCUCGCCAUCUACUUCCCGUGCAUGAACUCCUUCGACGAUGAGGACGCGGGGGACAGCCGGAGGCUGAAGGGGGCCAUUCAGAGGAGCACGGAGACGGGCCUGGCGGUGGAGAUGCCCAGCCGGACGCUGCGCCAGACCAGCCAUGAGUCCAUCGAGGACAGCAUGAACAGCUACGGAUCGGAGGGCAACCUUAACUACGGGGGAGUCUGCCUGGCAUCGGAUGCACAGUUCAGUGACUUCCUGGGCAGCAUGGGGCCAGCGCAGUUUGUGGGCCGCCAGACCCUGGCCACCACACCGAUGGGGGACGUGGAGAUUGGCUUGCAGGAGCGGAAUGGUCAGCUCGAAGUGGACAUCAUCCAGGCGCGGGGACUGACGGCCAAGCCAGGCUCCAAGACACUGCCAGCGGCCUAUAUCAAGGCCUACCUGCUAGAGAAUGGCGUCUGCAUUGCCAAGAAGAAGACUAAAGUUGCUCGCAAAUCAUUGGACCCACUGUAUAACCAGGUGCUGCUGUUUCCUGAGAGUCCCCAGGGCAAAGUCCUGCAGGUGAUCGUGUGGGGCAACUAUGGACGGAUGGAGCGGAAGCAGUUCAUGGGUGUGGCCCGCGUGCUGCUGGAGGAACUGGACUUGACCACCCUGGCCGUGGGCUGGUACAAGCUCUUCCCUACCUCCUCCAUGGUGGACCCAGCCACAGGCCCCCUGCUCCGGCAGGCAUCCCAGUUGUCCCUCGAGAGCACCGUGGGGCCCUGCAGUGAGCAAUCUUAGUGCCAGGAACGGGGAGGGGCUCCCUGAGAUGGCCUGGAGACCACCCAGCCCCGACCUGGGACCCCAGGCCCAGGGGCAUCUUGAACAGAGGAGGACGGGGUUCUCCCCCACAGUGGGGAAGCAGAAUAGGGAGACCUACCCCCCCUUGGACCCUCCUCACCCUUCUUUGCCUCCUAUCCCCUGAGACCUUUCCUUUCCCAGUGGGAUUGGCUGCACUUUUGACUUGGCCGGUUCUUGACCUGGUGGAUGUGGCUGCAAUCCGAAGAAGGGAAGACUGAGGUGGCAGAGCAAACCACUCUCCUGCCCCAGACACUAUCUGACUGCUCCCCUCUUUGCGUCCUCGGAAGCUCGCUCCCCGGAGCCAAGUCCAGAACCCAGCAGCCAUCUCCAUGGUGCCAACUACCAGCAAGUGUCUUUCCUGCGGCACCGGGUUCAGGCAGCUACACCUGCCCCAAAGCUGAUGGGGCAGCUUUGCAAGGAUCCGGAGCCAGCUCCGAGGGGCCCUGAGCCCCCCGCUUAAAGAGGAGCUCCGGCCUCCCUCCGCCUGCCCGUGGAAGAAGCUUUGCCGCAGCCUGUCCAAGUCCAUCUGUCUGUCCCCUCCUGCCCGCCUCUCUUCCAGUGGAAUUGGGGUCCAGCAGGGACCAAAGGAAAGGAGGAGGUGCCCAGGGCCUGGCACAGACCCCCCGGGGUGCCUUGCUCUGUGCUAUUGAAACAAGUUGCUGUGGAAACUGUGGGACUGGAAGGAACUUUGUCAUCUGGGUUUUGGGGGAGGAGCUGUGGGACCUUCAUUUCUCAGAACCCCACGCCCAGAGGGCUCACAGUCUCUGCAUUUUGGGGUGUUGGAUUGGAGAGGGAAUCUAAGGAAAGCUGGGGUUGGGAUUGGUGGUGCCAAGGUGAGGGUCUCCCAAAUAGGAGGAUCCCUUCUUGUUGGAUGAGGUCAAAAGUCAUCCUGCCUAUCCCUUUGCCUCCAGGCUAGGGGCCUGGAGAGGCCACAGAUCUCCCCUAUUUUAGUCUUUUUAAACCAUGUGUACUAAGGGCAGCACCCACUGCCCUGGCCUCAAUUACCUUGGCUCAAGGAGAGAAAGAGAGGAGGUAUGAGUCAAAGAACCGUGAGAUUCCUUCUCGAGCAGGGCCUGGGUAGCUGCCUUCCUGGCCCAGCCCUCCCCGGGGCCCACGGAAGCCCUUUUGCAUGCUGGGGAGGACUCGGGCUGGCCCCUCUUUAUAGAAGCACAUUUCUGCCACCUCCCCUGGGAGGCACCCAGCAGUCCACCACCCCUCAUUACCCAGUCCCUGCUGUGUAGGGCGUAGUCCAGGUUAGCUGGGUAGUUAGUGUUCUAAGCCCCGGGCCUGUCCUUAGCUCGCACGUAGUUUUCACAGAGUCCCAGGGUGGAGUGGAGAGGAGACACAAGAACAUUCCAGGAGACCACGGUCUCCUUGCUGGCCCGGGCCGUGGCUCAGGAGGCCAGCCCUCCUUCUCCCCCUGCCUUGCCCUCCCCCUGUAGGAUUGUAGCUGGAGCUGCCCACUAUACUCAGAUGUUCAGAUUUAUUAUCCUUGGUACUGAUUUUAUUUAUGAAGCAUUCCUGAGGAUGUGGGCCUUGGUGGAGGGGCCUGGAUGCUAUUAGAAGGGGUGUUUUUCCUCUGAGGACACCCGGCUGUGUCCAGUCCCACCUUAUCCCUGGUUCCACUAUAGGCUGCUGACCAGGUGAUUCUUUCACCUGGAAUUCCUUAGCCCCGCCUCCACCCCCACCUCUACUCACCCGCCGCCCCCCAGGCCUGUUUGAGCCCUGGGCAUCCUUUAAAGUCUGGUUGAGUUCAGUUGCCUCCAUGGAGCCUCUCACACUGCAUUAGGAAAGGGUGAUGAAAAGGCCCCUGAGGCCUUCAGAGCUCCCGGGGUUUGUGGGGGUGGAACCCCAAGACUUGGUCAGGAGGCAGCUGGGCUCUGGAUGGACUCGCAUCUGAGGCCCAGAAUCGCCCCUCACUGUUUGUUUGUUUUAACCAGUGUGGUUUCUCUGGUGUUCGUUUAUUACUCGGCAUUUGGAAUAUUUUGAGCCAGGAGAGCGCCUUCUCUCUCUGCACCUGUUACCGCUCUGGUUGUACAGGGGUCGUUUUCAAAGACGGGGCAGCGCCUCUGUCCCAGCCAGAGGGAGAGGAGGCUCGGUGCUCCCCAGCCUGAGCCCCCCCUCUGAUGUCUGCACAGCAUUCAUAAAGAGGGAGAGUGCUCCAAAGCAAUAACAACAUCCUGGGGGUGGUCCCCAAGGGCCCCCUCGCUGAUUUUCUUGUUUGUUCUGUGAAAUCUCAGCUCACC